UCACGUUGGACAGAUAUUGGAUCGAAAUGGAUGUUAUUUGGAUAGCUGUGACCUUAUCAGCUCUGUUUACAUAUACACUCUGUGACAAAGAGAUUUUAGCCGUGGAAAUGAAUAUACCGAAUCUGUUUUCCGGCAUGACAGCCCUAGACACAGCCUUUAAUAGCUUGCGGCACGGCAAAAAAUCAAAAAUGCCCCCUGGACAAAUAAUAGCGCAAAAACUUAUUUCGAAAAUAAAGAGUUUUACGGCAUUAGUUAAGAUGCUGCAUAGACGAGCGGCGGACCAGAUAAGGCCACAUGUUCAGUCAUAUUACGGAGCGCCUAAGCCAGCAAUAAUGAAGUACCCUAAGGACUACUACGUGAACCGAUUGAAGAUACUCCUCAAAUUGCAGGAAAAAGAAAAUCAGAGGAACAAGAAUUUAAAUCCUGAAAAUCAGUAGUAGGUAUAGAGUACCAAGAUUGCUUAGCAUUAUCGUUUAUUAAUAUUGCUGCAGUACCGGCUGUCACGCUUCCAAAAUUGCAAUAAUAUUCUCCGGUAAUUACGUAAGGUGUAACUCGUGGUCACGUCUAACAUACCACUUCUCUUA